GGCCAUUGAAGCGAGACGCCUCUGGGGGACUGGGGGCUAUAAAAACAGCCCUUGGGAUCUUCCCAAUCAUCAGUCAUUCGACAGCAUUGACCUAGUCACAAGUGUCCCUCAGAACCCGAUCCAGUACCAGAGAAAGCCAGCGAUCAUGUCCAGAGUGUGCCUUCCCGUCCUGGCCAUUGUGCUCAUCCUUGCCGGAUCCUCCGAGGCAGCCGGCCUGGAGUGGCCCUCCAAUUUGUUGGCUCUGAGCUCUGGCAAGUCCUCGCAGCUCCUGCCUCUGGCCAGCGAGGAUUCCGAAGAGCUUUCUGAGAGUCGUGCUGCCUCUGCUGCCGCUGCUGCUGCUGCUGCUCAAAGCGAGGAGAAGGAUCAGGAAGAGGAUUCUUCCUCCUCUGAUCAGCUCUCGCAGUCCUCCAGCGGCAGCUCGGACACCAUCGAUGCCCGCCUCUUGUCUGGAAUACCCGUCUCCGUGCCCCUGCCUCUGAUUGUGGCCGCUCGUUCCGGGCUACGGACUGUGCUCACCAUCCAGGAGCCCACUGUAGCCAAGGUGGGGGAGGUGGUGCAGCAUGUGCCCACCGCUGUGUCCCACCAGAGCCAGACCAUUGUCCACGACCACCGUCGCCUGGUCACCCCCAUCGUGGCACCGGCCGUGCGCACCACAAAACUGGUUCGCCAGCAGCCGCCGCUCCUCUGGACCCUGUCCUCCGCCGAUCCUCGCCUGGUCCUGCUCCGGAACUAAGGGCCCACUGAAGACCUUCGAGGGCCCCACAGUCACGGAAACCAAAGAACGAA